AUGGACACCCGGGUGCCGCCCGUUCCCAUGGAUCCGGCGACGGCCGAGAGGCUCCGGCGCGACGGCCAUGACCCGGAUGAGAUGGAGGCCGUCUUCGCCCGCGUGCUCUCCCGGAUCCACUACGCCCUCCCGGACCCGCCCGUCUCCGUCGACGCUCGCCUCUUCGGUCUCCUCCCCCACGACUCCGUCGAAUGCGUCAGCCGCCUCCCCGACCUGCUCCUCCGCAACAUCGUCUCCCGCCUCCCCGUGAAGGACGGCGCGCGCACCGCCGCGCUCUCCCGGCGUUGGCGCGGGGUCUGGCGCUCCGCCCCGCUCGUCCUCGUCGACUCCCACAUCCUCCCCGCUGGCACCGCGGCCGCGCGCGCUGACGCUCGUCGCGUCACCUCCGCCGUCUCCCGCAUCCUAGACGCGCACCCGGGGCCCUUCCGCUGCGUCCACCUCACCAGCAGCCACAUGGAAGACUUCCCUGGCCUGCUCGCGCGCUGGCUCCAGAUCCUCGCCGUCAAGGGCAUCCAGGAUCUCGUCCUCGUCAACCGCCCGUGGGCGCUCGACUUCAUUAUCCCCUCCACGUUCUUGGGCAUGACCACCCUCACCCGCCUCUACCUCGGCCUCUGGAAGUUCCCCGACACGGCAGGCGUCAGGCGCUCUACCUGUUUCCCUAACCUCCUUGAGCUCGGGCUCUGCUGCGUCUUCAUGGAGAGCAAGGAUUUGGACUUCAUCCUCGACAGGAGCCCCGUGCUGGAGACGCUCUGUGUCCACGGGAAUCUUUUCAAGCUUAGCCUCUGCCUUGUCAGCCAAAGCCUCCGUUGCGUGAAGAUCACCGGGUCCUUCUUUGAAGAAAUCGCUCUGGUGGACGCCCCAUGCCUUGAGCGACUCAUUCUAACAGGUUGUUGGACCCGCGGCGGGGUUUGCACCAAGGUGAAGAUCGGUCAUGCCCCCAAGCUGCACUCGUUGGGGUACAUGGAUCCAGGAAGUCAUGUCCUAGAGUUCGGCAACACCGUCAUCAAGGCUGGGACGAAGGUGAGCCGAAGCACCAAGGUACCAAGUGUGAGGAUCCUUGCUUUGGAAGUGCGUUGUGGAGGCCGCAAUGAUGUCAAGAUGAUUCCGACUGUCCUCAGAUGCUUUCCCAACGUUGAGACGCUCCACAUCAAGUCUGAAGAAAGUGGUCAACCCUCUGGCAAGAACCUGAAGUUCUGGAAUGAGUCCGGCACCAUAGAAUGCAUCCGCUCGUGCAUCAAGCGGCUGGUUUUCCAUGAUUUCCGAGGGGAUCGAAGUGAGAUUGCUUUCCUCAAAUUCUUCUUUGAGGGCGCAUUGGUGCUGAAGGAGGUGGUGUUAGUGUUGGCCAAUGGAAGUUUCACCACAAUGGGGGAUAUUCGUUCCAAAGUGAAGCCUCUGAUGUCCAUGAAACGGGCCAGGGACUCCUCAAUCAUGGUUAAUACUAAUGGAGGUAGCAUUGGGAACUUCAAGAGAGCAUCCGACUUUUCUCUUCGCGACCCUUUCGGGGAGUACUGA